CCAAGAGCCGUUUCCACUUUUGCUGCAAUCGAUAAGCGCAAUGAGUCCCACUUGAUUGUAACUGUUCUUGUGGAUGCCUGCCGCGCCGCCCCUUGCGUGCAUCGUCACAGUUGGAUCUCGGUCGUCGAACUCGGCCCGCCUCCGUCGCCAGUCAGUGUCACCCAGCAUUGGAUGUUGCAAGAACUUUCCAAUUUUUCUCAUCAAAACUUGUGUUUCUCCAUAAAUUCUUAUUCUACACCUUUGAUUAUACGUGGGCGGCUGCUGAAUCCCAUUCUUGCAUAAGAGAAGUGUUUGCGAUGGCCAACGACACCAUGAUCACGGAUGAUUAUGUCGCCGAGCUCCUUGCCAAGGAAGCGAGUGAGGCCUCGAUAAAGUAUUCCUCAAUGGGCCUCGAAGCGUUUAGAUCGACAAAACCUGCGAACAAGGCAAAGCCGAAUACCAAUUUCCUGACUCGCAUCAUCCGCGAAACCGACUCUCACAAUGCCGCAAUCAAGGCCAAAGAGGCCGCCGAGGCGCAGGCGCGCUUGACUGGCUUAGAAGAAGCAGAAGAGAAAAAGCGACUCAAAACCAACCCCUCGCUACAGGAUAUACGACGACGACAGUUAGGCGCAAUCUCCUCGUUACUUUCCGGGCAGAAGAAAAGGCGUGGGGCUGAAGAAGGCACAAGAACGACGUCCUCCAAAGACCAUAGGGACAGUAACUUUAGCGAAAAGGACAAACAUAAAAGAGGCGAGGGUCGACUUUCGGAAGACGAGGAUACAAAAAAUACAUCACGAGAAAGGCGCCACCACCAUCGCCAUCACCGACAGCAUAAGGACGAAGAGAGGUCCUCGCGCGAGGAACAGCGGCACAGAGAUAGAUCCAGAUCGUGCUCUCCAAGACACCAUGAGCGCAGACAUCGACAUCGGUCUCGUUCCCCGCUCAGCAGCGACCAAGAAGCUGCGAAGCACAGCCGCUCGUCACAUAAGUCUCGAAGCAGCAGAUCCGAAAAGGAGAGCCGUUCUCGCAAGGACCGCGACAUAAUUUCAGAAAAAUUAUCCACCCACAGACGACACGGUCGGCUGGCCGAAAAAGAGAAGACCGACAACGAAGACUCUGAUCCACUUGAGGACUUCAUUGGACCAGCAGCACCGCCAUCUGCUGACUCUUACCCUCCACCUAUUCGCACUCGUGGGAGAGGAGCAGGCAGAGGUGGAGCCGCCAUGGACGGAAGAUUUGCGAACGAUUACGACCCAAGAGAGAACAUGCAACUAGAUGAGAGUGACCUCCAGGUCUCCAAGACUGACGACUGGGAUGAUAUGGUGGAAUCCUUCCGUGACCGGCAAAAAUGGCUCAAGCAGGGUGCGGACAGACUUCGGGCUGCUGGCUUCUCAGAAGAGGACAUCAAAAAGUGGGAGAAAACCGGCCCCAAUGGGGAGAGGGAUAUCGAGGACGUUAAGUGGACCAAGGCUGGGGAGAAGAGGGAAUGGGAUAGAGGCAAGUCGGAUAACUAGGCGAAAUCACUUCUAGCGUCAAUUUUCAAGGUCUAUAGGAGGGACCGGCAAGCAACUUGUUUGAAUCAUGUUGAGGGGCGUUAUUGGUAGCAAUGGUUCUCAUGGGAUUCAGCAUUACAAGGGGAAUGGAGUUUAGGCUGCUAAAAAUGCGGUGAUUCAAAGUGGUUGCUUAUGGGAUUUGAUUUUAUGGUUACAGCAAGCGUGGUAUCACAAAAACCACGGCACAUCAAGGGUUUCAAUAAAAUGCUAUGGUUUGCUUUUCCACCUAGCCCUUUCAUUUGGUUUUCCCUUGCUCCUCAGAGGCUCUAGAACAUCUCGCUCGUUCAUGCGAGAACAGUAGAUUGCAAUGCUUUUGUGAA